AUGUGGACACCAAAUGACCUAAAUGAAGUUGUCACGGUGUUUUUCAAAGUAUGGACUUAUUUUGGUUUGCCAGUUUACAAACUUGAAAUUACAAACAAAACCGAAAAAAGGUUUCAAAACCAAACAUCAUUUCAUUUUCUUGUAAUUUUAUCAAUGCUUCUGACGAGUAUUGUCCUUUUUUUGGUAUUUUUCCCCCAACAAAAUACCCUAUACAACUAUACUCUUCUUUUUCAAUAUUUUAUAAUUCAUGGCCAAAGUAUUGGAAAUAUAAUCUAUUCACAAAUGAAGAAAAAGGACUUGGAGAUUAUUUUCAACGACUUGCUUUUGAUGGAAGAAAAAGUACGUCAGUUUGGAAAAAUAAAGACGAAUUACCAUACCUUGGGGAAACAGAUCAUGGGUUUUGUCAUGUUUCAUUUUUUUUUUACUUUUAUGACAAUAAUUUUUGAUAUUUAUUAUCUAGGUAUAGGAAGUACCUCGUUUCAAAUUUACAUAAGCGGGUACUAUUUUGGUUUACUCUCUACUUAUCCUUUCGGAUAUUUCUUGUUAGCUAUGCCAAAAAUAAUACUUAAAUUUUACAACGAUUUCAUUAAUUCAAUUAAUGAUCAAACAACAGAAAAUAUCUUUAAAAUGUAUACGGAGUUAUACGACUUGGCUGGCAAAGUUUUUAAAAGUUUUCAAGGUUUCUUGUUGUUAAAAAUAUCAACAACUUUUACUAUCGCCACAAUAAAUUUGUUUUACUCGACAUAUAUUAUAAAUAUGGACAAAAUACCCUUUGUCGACGAAGUCCUAAUGAUACUAGAUAAUGUUUUCUUGGAAAUAACAACACUAUUACUUGACUUUAUGCUGUUUUAUUAUUUUCAUAUGAUUUUAGAGAAGAAAAAAAAUCUCAGUAACUUUAUCAAUGAUACAAAUCUAUAUAAAAAGGUUGAUUUAGUUUACCUGAAAUUCAAUCUAGAACCACCAUCUUUUAUGGUCUAUGGGUUGUUUCCUCUAAACUGUUCAUUAGUUUUUUCGAUGAUUGUAGGAAUUACAACUUAUGUUAUUUAUUUGAUUCAGUUCAGUCCAAAAUCUCCCUUCUAA